UUCGAUGCGUUCGCAGCGUUGCGCGUUUCCGCUGCUGCCACAAAACGGCCAAACAACGACCGGAUGUGUGUAACUCCCGUGUUAUCUUCCCGAGGAGAGACGGUUUUGAAUCAUUGCUGUUUUUUGUUGACACCGAAAAUGGGAACCGAUUGAACGCUUGAAAUAGUGUUAUGGUGAUAUUUUAGCCCCAACUAAUCGGGAAAUGAAAAGGGUUGAUUUGUUUGUGAAACCCUUUUGGAGAGAGCGCGUGUGGAAGAUAGAAGCGUAGCGCCUCGUUGUUAUUAAAAACAAAUUGGUGAAUGGUUACUCCCGAAUGUACGCUUCGAGGACCCCACAAUAGCAAGCAAUCAAAAUACCAUCAGGAGCGAGCAUUUAAUUUUUUUUGUUUUGUUUGUGUGUUAUAUCAUAGAGAACGGGCGUGUGCUGAGUAUUUCUUUUUUUUUUUUUUUUUGGUUUAGGUGCGAUGUGGGAAUCUGUUUUCCGCGAAGACCGUCCUCCGCAGGGAUGGGAAAGUGAUUUUCAAGUGCUCGGGACGACAUACGUUAUCGGAGUCGGUGUACAUUCGGAAGCAUAAUUACAGGCGUGUCGAAUCGCUCUCGCUGAUAAUGGAAACCGCUCGCUUGUGUGUCAUCGACUGCCGAAUCGGCCCCAUAGGGCUUCCGAUAGGGAGCCUCCGAUAGCGGGAUGAUCGGCGAACGUGGAGAGAAGAAGAAAACGAAGAGGUGUCGAAGCUUUGUGGUUUCUGAAAUCAAUUUCGAAUCGAUCGGUGCGGGGAGAGAUUGGAAUGACAGUGUCGGGAUUAGAUUGGGUGAUUGCAAUGAUGAGAUUUUGUAGAGUGUGAACCAAACGAAUACCAUCCUUCUGCUUGCCUACGAUCUAAUCAUUCGAAGCCGAAGAGAGCUCGGCGAAACAUAAAAGGCAAAGAAAAAAAAAAUGUUAUCGGAAAAUUAGUGCUGUUUGGAAGGAAACCACCGAACAAGUUCAUUACAUUCCCAGCGAAGAAAACAAGUUCAUCGUCGGGAAGUCUCAUCGAAUUUGGUUUUUGUGGUACUCAACCCGUGGGGGCGGAAAAUUGAAGAAGCAAAGUUUCCUUCUCCCCCCCCCCUUUGUUUUCACCCCAUCCACUUUGAUAAACUUGAGAGCUUUGGUGUUUCCCAAAAUGUCAGGGAAAAAUAAGAGCGUGGGGGAAAUUGCUAUUGAAAAUUAUUACCUUGGAACCAUAACGGCCACACGAAGCUGCUGAAGACAAAAAGUGAAAGUAGUUCUGUAGCAGCCCCAGCCAGACUUGCCCCGAAGUUCGUACGGCGAGCAGCUGAGCCUCACGAUAAACAAUUGGAGAAGAAACGCCACCGCCGCAGCCGCCGCCAGCUUCGGGCCACCCACAGCUUUUUGACCGGCUGUCGGAUAAAUGAAUGUUUAGGACAGUAAUCAGCAUUCGGGGGCUGCCACCAGUGGAGGGAGGGGUGGCAUAAAUUGUUUUCGAAACUUUUUUCCCCGUGGUUCGCCUGAGCCGUUGAAAUCCGGCGCGGUGUGCCGAAAGACAGUGAACUGGGUCGAGGAUACGAAACCUGCUGUGCUGUGGGUGAGAAGACUUCUUUCGGAAUCGAAGCGUACCAUCGGCCAGACGGAAGGAACCUCUCGGGCCGAGAAGAUGAAAUAGCUUCUCCGGGGGAGACGCCGUUUCGCCACGCCAAAUACCGAUAGGGGCACCGAGCACCACGACGACAACAGCCAUGACCAACGCUAUCAAUCAACAGGGGCCGGAAAGUUACCACCGUCGUUCGUUUGUCGAGUGUCUUCAGCGUAAUUCGUCGCAUGCCAGCGUCGCCAUUCCCUUGGUUGUUUCGGAGAUCCCUGGAAUCAUCACCAUCGUCACCAGCAAACGGGCGGCUCCUCAUCCAUGGCAGUAGAGGCUGAGUCAUCAAUCUUAUAGCAGGGCAGGACAGUAAAACUCCUGGCGUGAAAACAUGGACUUCCACGAGGCACCACCGCCCAGACCACCCAGCCUCGGGACCACAUUCACCAAGUCCAACGAUGUGUACGAUUACAUAUUCAUCGACAGUGGCAGUCCGGAUUCGUACCUGGCCGGUGAGCUUGGAAGUCUCGUGAACGACACUCUGCUGCUCAAUGGCACCGCGCUCAACACCAACGGCAGUGACCUGGCCGGGUCCGGCAAUGGAACGACCGGCGGGCUGGACGAACCACUGGCGGACGUUAUCGCGAUGGCGGUGACGUCGCUCAUACUCGGACUGAUGAUACUAGUUACCGUUAUAGGAAACGUUUUUGUAAUUGCUGCCAUCAUAUUAGAACGUAAUUUACAAAAUGUAGCGAAUUAUUUAGUAGCGUCACUGGCAGUGGCGGAUUUGCUCGUGGCGUGUUUAGUGAUGCCGUUGGGUGCAGUUUACGAGAUAAGCCGAGGCUGGAUUCUGGGGCCCGAACUUUGUGAUAUAUGGACGUCGUGCGACGUUCUCUGCUGCACGGCUUCAAUUCUACAUCUGGUGGCUAUUGCCACGGACAGAUACUGGGCGGUAACCAAUAUCGAUUACAUGCACUCCCGCACCAGCCGCCGGGUGUUCACGAUGAUUUUCCUGGUGUGGUUUGCCUCCGUCAUCGUUUCCCUGGCGCCCCAGUUCGGCUGGAAGGAUCCAGACUAUCUACAACGAAUAGAGCAGCAGAAAUGCAUGGUUUCGCAGAACAUCGGAUACCAGAUCUUUGCCACCUGCUGCACCUUUUAUGUUCCUCUUUUAGUUAUAUUGGUGCUGUACUGGAAGAUUUAUCAAACCGCUCGCCGACGGAUACACCGGAGGCGACCCAAGCCACCACCGGUGACGGGUAAUAACAAUCAGGAACAAACGCCAAAGCAAACAAAAUCAAAAAUACGCUUCCGUCUGAAGAAGAAGUUCUCUAAUCCGGCCAAAUCGGCAGCUUCUUCGUUGGGUCUGGUGGAGGGCAACUCGACCAACACGGUAAACUUGGUCGAAGACACCGACACCGGGAAUGCAAAUAGCGACCAGAAGGCUGGCAUCGAGACGGCUUUCAGCAGUGACGAGACUGCGGUAACCGCCGUCACGAAUAGUCAAAUACCAACCGUUUCCCAGGAAGUGGACCACCGACAACUGACGGAACCACUGGAAGCGAACAACAACAAUCACAACAAUAACAACAACUCAGCGGCUGAAAGCAAUACUCAUCAGCAGAACACGCAGUCUACGUUGCAACCGACCAGCAACAAUGUCCUCCUGCCGCCUGUUCAGAACUCCCCCACCCCACUCGGAGCGGCAGCCCACACCGGAUCCACGCUGAACAUUGCCAGCACCCCGAACCCACACGCACAGGUUUCCAAGCGGAAGGAAACCCUGGAAGCGAAGCGGGAACGUAAAGCGGCCAAAACGCUGGCAAUCAUCACGGGCGCCUUCGUCGUCUGCUGGUUGCCAUUUUUUCUGAUGGCUCUGCUGCUUCCGCUGUGCGAAUCCUGCUCCAUCAACGACACCGUCGCGUCACUCUUCCUAUGGCUCGGAUACUUCAACUCGACGCUCAAUCCGGUCAUCUACACCAUCUUCAGCCCGGAGUUCCGGCAGGCCUUCAAGCGGAUCCUGUUCGGAUCGCAUCGGAGCACCACUUAUCGCCGCGGCCAACUGUAAUGCUAGUCCGCUAGUGCCAACCGUUAAGGUGCCGGACGAGUCGCCGAGUCGAGCCUCGGACCAGCAGUAGUGGCAGCAGCAGCAGCGAAAGCCAGCCAAGAGCCAGCAUUGCCGGAAUAAACCACCUGUAGAUGCGGCGACCGAACGAUGGGUGCCAAAGGACGAGAAGAGGGCGUCGGACUACAAGCAAGUGGGUUUGGGGAUUAAAUUAGGAAGGAAGCAACUUUGUGUAAGUAAUUCCGCAAUGAACAAACAAAACUAAGGAUUGUGCAAUGUGACGGGAUUUGAGCAAAAACACGACAAAUGAGCAAGUUUGUCUAGGAUGUAAGGAUGUAGGCUAGAGGAUUUUAAUUUGAACUAGAUAAUCGCGAAAAUUGCGUCGUCGUGCAGAAUAAUGUAUGUAUCUAUUGUACAGGGUGUAAAUAGACGCUGAAACCAUUUAGAAUUAGUCGGCAGCUGCCGAAACAGGGCCAGCAGCUUAGCGGAUGAUAAUGAUCAAAGUCUGUGCUCAUUCAAACUUACAACCGUGACGUGAAAACAAAUUGGCAAUGCAAUAAUGUCAAACCAGUUCUUGAAAAUUUCAACGAAAAUGACAUAAAUCCAAUUAUGUACCCAGAACCAACCGUGUCCAACACAUGGUGGAAGAGUAAUAACAACAAAACAGCGUAGACGAUGAAAGCGGAUGAAAAACUCAUAAAUGGUAAGCGGAUAAAUCGAAUUUGGAGUGAACGGAUCCCCGCCCCCUAAGCCACCGCGUGUAUGCGAAAUGAACAUGGGAAAAACGGCAGUUCCAGAUGUGCUUUCAUAGACAAGGGAAAAAGUUGGCAUUUCGUCGAUACAAGAGAAAAAAGGGUGAGAUUUGAACGGAGCUUUCCUAUUUUUGCGCUAAUUGAUAUUUGAUUCCAAAACAGGUACCGUUUUCUGCCAAAGCGAUACAAUUGCGCUUAAAUUUCAAAGACUGCACUCGGAAAUUUGUAUUUAAUUUUCCGACGCUCUUGAAGAGGUACAAUGUUCAUCAGAAGUAUAGAGGUUAGGGUGGCAGCGAAAAUGGUCGUGUCAAAUUUCAAAAACCGACCGUGUACAUUUUGUUUAUUGGUUCAAAAAAAUGAUCUGUGCAAAGUUUCAGCUCAAUCGGACAUGAUUUAGGGGUGCCUCAAAGCGCUCAAAGUUUUAAUGAUGAUGAUGAUGAUGAUGGUCCCGCCUCCUUCCCCUACAGAGGUUUGAGCAAGACGAGUUAUCUAAAAGAUAAUUAAUUUUUUUUUCAACAUUGAAAUCAGUUUAGCAAACAUGAAAAACGAACUGAUUUUAUUUACAGAUAAAAGUUCAAAAAAUUGCAAUGUCCAAAAAAGCCAAUACUCAGUCAUGUCCGCCACAGAGCCAAGUGGUCCACCAGAGCACAAGUCCAACCGCCAGCCUUGUUUUAGAUUGACUGUGAACACCCUCAUUCAGAGAAAUCGAGAAAAUUUCCUUUACGAAAAAUUCCUAGACCGGCACAUAAAAAAAACUUUCAAUUUAAUAUCCUUUAUAUCUGUGUCUCGCGCGCGACGCUCAAACUUUUGUAGACUACUUUUAUUUUUUUUAAACUAAUACAACUAUAAGAACGACAAAAUAAAAAAAAUAGUCCAUCAUCACCAAGAUCAUGACAGACAUAAUAGAGAUCAAUACAAAUUUAAAAAAAGAUUAUUUAAAUAAAAUUAAAUAAUCUACAUAAUAUAAUCCGUUCAAAAAAAACUUCGUCAGAUUCAUUGAAAACAAACUGCAAAAAAAUUGUCCACAUUAAAUUAUCCGUUCGUAUAAAACUUCGUCAGUAAAGAUCUUCGUCAUAAAAAUAAACAAAAACUCGUUCAGCUGUUAUGAGAACACAGCUUUUACAUGUGAAAUACAGUGCCUCUUAAAUUCUGUAAGUGUUGUUGCGAAUUUAAUAUGUCUUGGCAUCGAGUUGAACACAUUUAUUCCUUUGAAGUACAACGAAUUUUGUGAAGCACAUGACAAGAAAUUAGGUGUUCUUAUUUCAUUCGCGUUUCUAGUGUUAUAACCAGAGAUGCCAACCUUCCUGAUUUUUCAGGAUUUCCCAGACUUUUUAGCAUGCUCCCUGAUAUCCUGACGAACACUCAAUUUAUCCUGAUUUUUCUGAAAUGAUCCUGAUUUUUCCUGAAUUUUGUACUCUUGACAUUAUUCGUGAUAAAUACACUAUGCCAAAGUUUUCUGUCAUGAUAGUUCUCCGGUUCGCCCUUGUAUAUAUCUUACAUUAAGUUAAACUGUGUGUUUAACUUUUUUUUAUCUCUACCCUCGUGGCUUUCCAAAGCAGUGCUAAAAAAUUCAUGAAACCAGAUUGUCCGACGAAUUUAUGAAAUUACAACGAGAUUGAGUUUAAGGAACAACAUUGCCUUAUUGAAAAUAAUGUUUAAUAAAAUGUAAUAAAAUUACUAAGUAGAAAAUUUUUUAAUCCACAGUCAAUAUAAAAAGAUUUUAUAUGUAAUUGGUUCGUCUGAUUCAAAGUGGAAUGAACUUUAAUGAUGGGACUAUGGUAAAUAUAUCUUUAACCGUACUAAACAUCAUGAGAAUUAGGAAAAAUUCAAUAAGUCCACUUCCACUGCGGAUGCUUUUCUCAUUUGUCGAGUAAAGAUUUAUUCCAAAGCAUGGAUGAUGAAUUCAGUGAAAAUUUGAAUAUUGAUUUCUCUGCAAAUGACUAUAGUGAUGCUGUAGGUUUUUCGGAAAAAAUAUAAACGAUCAAAAAGUCAGGCGAAACACUAGCAUUUCCGCUUAUGCGAGAAUUUAUACCAUGCUUAUUAAUUAUUUUACAUAUCCGGUCUUCGCCCGAAAGAAGAUAUACUCUGUUCCUGGUGGAAUUUGAAAUGGAUUAUGAUGAUUACUAUGAGCUACUACCAAGCAACCUGUUUCUCACAUGUAUGGCUCGCAGCAGUUAUCGACGAUAAAGAAAACAUGUUCUGGAAGGAUAGAAUAUUUAAGCUGUGUGAAAGAUGACGAAAGAUUGUGAAACAGAACUAUGGAUAUAAAAUUAAAUUAUAAUGAUUUGAUUGAAAAUGAUGUUUUUGUUUUCCCAAAAAUCGACAUUAACUUUUCGGACAAUCCAAUAUGAGCUAUUCUAAUUUAUCCUGAUUUUUAUUUUCAUUCUUCCUGAUUUUUUCAAAUUAUAGUUGGCAACCCUGGUUAUAACUAUGAAAGUCACUUCCUCUUUCAACUCGAUCACACAAAUAUCGAGGCAGCAAACCGUUAAUUACUUUAAAAAUGAACACCAUAAUUAAAUAAACAAUUCUUUGCUUCACGGAUAACCAUUGCAGAGCGUCCAACAUUAAAGAUGAGGAAGUGAAUCUGUUACAUUUUAGUAUCAACCGCAUUAUUUUGUUUUGCAAGCGCUGUAAUCUCGAUAUUUGUGUGUCAUUGGCUAAAAAUAAAAUGGAAGAGCAAAAGUCUAAAUGAGGAGAGAUGAUUGAUUUGUAUAGCUGUAUUUUGCUGCAAAUAGUUAAAUUGUUUUUCAAUCGACAUAAGAUUCCAUACUUCUUGGCAAUUUUCUUGAUGACAUUGUCAAUGUGAGUGUUGAACUUGAGUUUGUCAUCAAUAAUCACGCCAAGAUAUUUAAUGUCCCGAACUCGAUCAAUAGUCUCAUUAUCAAUAACGAUGGAGACGUUUUCAUUUAAACGAUUUCGCGAGAUUACCAUAUAUUUAGUUUUACUUAUGUUCAAUUUCAAUUGCUACUUAAAGAAUGUAAAUCUCCAUUCAAAUGUAAAACGACCUGAUCUAAAUCAUUAGCUGCAAUGAAUAACACAUUAUCAUCUGCAAUAAGAUUGAUAUCACAAAAUCGUAAAACUCUUCGCAUGUCAUUGAUAUACAUAAUAAAUAAAAGGGGCCCUAAUACACUUCCCUGAGGUACUCCAAGAUUAUUCCCUAGGGGAUUCGAAAUUGCAUCAUUAAAAAUAGUCCGUUGAGUUCUGUCAUUUAAAUAGCUUUCGAACCAUUUAUAUGCAGUACUCGUAAAUCCAAAGCGCUUAAUCGUGUUCAACAAAAAGGGCCUAGAAAUUGUUUCGAAAGCGCGUUUUAGAUCCAAAAAAACAGCAAUGAUAUUCUCUUUGCACUCUAGUUUCUCUUUCCAUUUUGCUAAUACCAAGUUCAAUGCGGUUUCACAGGAAUGACCUUCCCGAUAUCCCGAUUGUUCUGGUAUUAGCAAAGCAUUGCAAUUUAAAUAUUCCAGCAACGACUACUUCUAAUAUUUUCUCUAGCGUGUGCAAUAUAUUGAUGGGACGAAACUCUUCGGCUUUAAUCGUUCCAGCAACCUUUUGAAUUGGAACUAUUAAAGAUUCCUUCCACACCUUAGGCACAUGCCCAGUUAGCAAAGAUUUAUUAAUAAGGUCCAGCAAGAUGUGAUCGAUGACAUGAAAGCAAUCUUGAAUAACUCUAGCAUUGACAUUAUCCACUCCAGUCGUUUUUCCUAAAGAAAAGCAAAUAGUUCUAAGUUCAUUUAAUGUAAUUGGGUGAAAACUUUCAAAUCUACAACUACUGUUAACCGGCUGUUUUAUUUCUUUAGGUUCAUCAACCAAUUCAAUGGACUGAUUGAUCAAUGAAACACUAUUGACAAAAUAAUCGUUAAACUUAGAUGCUAUAGCCUGUUCAGACUGUUCAAGUAUGCCAUUAAAAGUUAUGGACCGCGGUUUGCUAUUACUAGGUUUUAAUAAAGAUUUCAAAAUUUUCCAUAACUCCUUGCUGUUGCUUUGAUGCAGAUCAAUCUUCCUCUGAAUAUAAAGGGUGUGUCAAAUCAAAUUGCAUCACGGAAAAAACGCUGUAGAAAUUUAAUUUUUAGGAAUUAUAUCUUCAGCUUUCGCUUAUAAUCAGAUAAGAGUGUAUAUAGAUCACGUUGGCCAUGCUUCACUGCCAAUUUUUCGUAAAUUUGGAAAAAUGUCGUCGAACGAAAAAGAGCGUCAUGAAUUAAUCCUGUGCACUCAUUUCGAGAAUCCGGAGUUGUCACAUCGGGACAUCGGUAAGAUGCUGGGAAUCGUCCAAUCCACGGUCAGCAGAGUACUAAAACGAUACUUCGAGAACCUAACCAUCGACCGGAAGGUGAAGAACGGCAAAAAGGGAUGCUCCGUCAGUGAAAAAGAUCACAAGUGCGUAGUUAAGCAGUUUAGACGUGAUCCGAGAAGUUCGGUCCGGGAUGUCGCCAAUAAGCUGAAUUUGUCAAGUUCAUUCGUCCAGCGGACCAAGCAGCGGGAGGGCCUGCGUGCAUACAAGGUUCAGAAGGCUCCUUACCGCGACGAAAGGCAAAACAUGGUGGGGAAGACGCGAGCCCGGAAGCUGUACACCGAAAUGCUGACGAAGCCGCAUUGCCUGGUAAUGGACGACGAAACCUACGUCAAAGCGGACUUUCGUCAGCUGCCGUGCCUGUUGUUCUUCUCCGCAGAGGACAAAUUCAGCGUUCCGGAGGAGAUUCGCAAGCAGAAACUAUCCAAGUUUGCCAAAAAGUACAUGGUGUGGCAAGCGAUCUGCUCUUGCAGAAAGCGGAUCCCCCCCUUCGUGAUGACCGGCACGGUAAACGGGCAGGUUUACCUUAAGGAGUGCCUACAGAAGCGCUUACUACCACUAUUGAAGCAGCACGAGGGGCCGACCAUCUUCUGGCCGGAUCUCGCUUCGUGCCACUAUUCAACGGACGUGUUGGAGUGGUACGAAGCCAACGGGGUCACCUUCGUGCCAAAGGAAAUGAACCCGCCCAACGCGCCGGAGCUUCGCCCAAUAGAGAAAUAUUGGGCGAUUAUAAAGCAGGCCCUCCGGAAGAACCCAAAAGUUGUCAAAUCGGAGGCGGACUUCAAGAGAAAAUGGAUUUCUGUUAAAAAAAAAUUACAACCUGACGUUGUACAGAACCUUAUGGACGGGGUAAAGAGGAAGGUGCGAGCAUACGGGCUUGGGCUCGAAGUAUGAAUAAAAAGAAAAUGCCAAAAGUUGUUUAACAGUUUUUAUUUUACUGUCUAAAAUUUUCAAAAGGAUCGGUCUACUGGGCGAAUUUCUACAGCGUUUUUUCCGUGAUGCAAUUUGAUGUGACACACCCUUUAUUCACAACGAGUUUUCUUAAUCGACUGUGAAUAUAUAUUGCGCGCGUUUGUGUACAUAUUCCAAUGAUUUCCAUCAUUUGUUCUACAAAAUUUCUUGUACCAUCUGUCUCUCUCACGUUUAAGGCGUAAAAGAUCCAAAUUGUACCAGCUGUUCGAGUAUUUCAUAGGAACAAAUUUUUGCGUAACAAGCCGAUUUGUACACUCUUUCAAGGUAUUAGCUAGAACAGCUGAUGAUUCAUCUAAAUUACCGACCUCGAAUGGAAAAUCCAGGCUUCUCACUACGAGAUUCGAAACAGCAUGCUUCGAAUAUUUCCUCCCGCACUUUAAUUUCACAACAUCUUCGUUUACCACGAGAUUAUCUACAAUAUUGAUAAUUAAAGUCUCAUGAUCGGUUAUUUUCAAAUUGGUAUCCGUGACUGUGUAAAUAGUAUCAAAAUUGGAAUAAACAUGAUCAAUGAAAGUUUUACUGUGCCUGGAAAUGCGCGUAAAUUCAUGUACUGUUUGUUUCAAAUUGAAGAAAUCGGAUACACGCUUCAAAUGGUUCGAAUUGUAGUCAUCACGCCAAUUAAUAUUGAAAUCACCAGCUAAUAUAUUCAAUUUGCUAGAGUCAAGGAACAUUUCAAGCCAGUUUUCUAAAAUUUCAACAAAACGCAAGUCGCUUGAGCUGGGACUAUGAUACAAAACACCAAAAUUAACCAUCUUCAUGCCAUGUUCAACUGUAAUGCCCAAGAACCAGUUACCAUCAACAACUUCGUUGAGGCGAAGAUUGAAUUGAACUGAUUCUCUGACAUAAAUAGCAACACCACCAGUGUGCCUAGAAUGUGAUAAACACGCAGCAACAUUAUAUCCCGGAAUACUAUACUGAUCAAAUGAUUCUAUUUCAACAAUGUGUGUUUCAGACAUAAGGACUAGAAAUGGACGCUUUUCCUCAACAAUCUGACUUAGUUUCUUCGAGAGCGUGGUUCAAAGGUUUGGACGUAAGUCGUGACUUCAUUCGUGUAAUGAGUAGACUUAUGUCCAACCACUACUCGCUAGAUGUGCACCUCCACAGAAUAAAUCUUGUUCAAAACAAUGUCUGUCGGUGUGGAAACGGUUACGAUGACAUCGAUCACGCAGUUUGGCAAUGUAUGGAUAAUGACGCAGCCAGAGAGUACCUUUUGAAUGCCCUUGAGGUCCAAGGAAGACAACCCUAUGUUCCUGUUAGAGACGUGUUGGGAACUCGCGACAUCUGCUAUAUGCAGUUGAUCUAUAUGUUUGUGAAACGGUCUAGUAUAAGAAUUUAAUGGUUUUGUGUUUUUUUUCUUUUUCGUUAUUAGUUUGUUUGUCUUGUCCCCUCAUCUCACCGUCGCCCACCCUCGACAGCUAGUCGAACACCAGAUGCUAUCCCUGGUCAUUAUGCACAAUGCUACAGUGCGUGCGGCAACCCUCGGUUGAGACAAUGAUACCUCAUAUCCAUAUCCCUAACCUGACCCGUCCCACAAAAAUUGUUGCCCCUCUAACCUCGAGUAAACCGCGAGUAAUCGGUCGAAACCUACUAAACAUAGAUUUAAGAUGAAAUUUUUGUAAAAACAAAACUUGAGUUAGCGGCUCCGCAAAGCUUAUGCGAUUGAGCCUUACAAAUAAACGAAUUGGAAAAAAAACAAUCUGACGUAACGCUACGUAGUUUGUUGACAGUCCCGCAAUAUUUAAAUACAAAAUAUAAUAUUGGUUCACAAUUCUUCAGGAACCUGGUUGCUAUUUAUUGAAAUGCUAGCUGCUUUUUUUUCAAAUCAAAAAGUCUCUGAUAUACUAAACAUUCAGAGCUAAAUGCGGCAUGAUUGACGUCCAAAUUCAAUUUCCGUUCUUUAUUCAUUUUCAAACAAUUAACACAUUUCAACACAGUUGACUAGCAUUCAGAUGUCUUGUGUUUCUGACUACACCUUGAGCACGUUUCAAAAUUUUGUUUGCAAUCCGUGCUCUUGUGUCCAAAUUCUCCACAUUUGAAGCAUCUUAAUACAUUAAUCGCAGGAACUACGGAGCACCGAUCGAACCUCACAUUUACUUUUUUCGCGUUCAAUAAACAGUUAUAUGUGUCAACAUCUACUUCAAUUACAGCAGUAAACUUAUUGUAGGUGAAGCGUGGAUUUUCGUACACAUUUAAAACCUUUACAUCUUUUAUUUCGAUGCCUUCAUUCUGACUUCGGAGGUAAUCAAUGAAAACAUCGGAGGAAUGCUGAUCGCUCAUGCCCACGAUUUUUAAUCUAGGCACCGAUAUGGGAACAACAGCACUAUACUUCUCACCCAAAUUGCUUUCGAUGUCAUCUUUCACAUUGUCUAUAUUAGCUCCAGUUGCACACUCAACAAUGAUGGAGCCAUUUCUUCCAUUUCUGAAAUUACUAAUUUUGUGUGUUCUUGGAUCUAAUUAUGCAUUUGAAGGCUUCCGAGUAUACUCGCUUUGAGGCACCUCUAAAUCAUGUCCGAUUGAGCUGAAACUUUGCACAGAUCAUUUUUUUUGAACCAAUAAACAAAAUGUACAUGGUCGGUUUUUGAAAUUUGACAUGACCAUUUUCGCUGCCACCCUAACCUCUAUACUUCUGAUGAACAUUGUACCUCUUCAAGACGUGUGAUUGAGCAUCUGGAAGGUCUGUUAGAAACGUUCAAUAGUACUCACCAUCACUUUCACGCCUAAUCUUCCUUGGUAUCUUUUGUCCAUCUCUUCAAUACGCUCACAGCUCCAGAUUUUCACGAAAACUGUCAAUGUCGGCUAGGAAGAAAUACAUUUCUAGUAUACCAAAUUUGAUGAUAAUUUAUGCAUUUUAUGGCAAUAAAAUGGUAAAUAAAAAAAUACAAAACACAAGGAAUUCAGAUUUUCAGUCACAUACCUGUAUUAUCGAUCGUAUUUCGUAUGGAGAAAACAUAAAGAAACGAGAGGUAAUCACAUUGCGAUUAGGGGAAGAAUGCGUGUUUUUUAUGGGUUACUCUAGAGUAAGCUGCCCCCAUUUAUAUUUUUUGAUUGGACCUAUGACAUUGUUUUACUAUUUGUCCAACUCAGGGCAGAAAAAUGUCGUGACCAUCAUAAGACGGCGCUCAUUUAAAUAAAUCGUAUCUCUACACUUAUAAUUUGUGACUGUCACUAAAGUUGACUAGGAAAUGCUAGCACGAGUAAAAAACUGCGAAACAUGAAACAUAGAGAAAAAAUUGUAUAUUUUGGUAAUCUCAAGCUGAGUGAGCGCUCGUCUUCUGAUCAAUUGACAGAAUUAGAACAGACCAAAAGACGUGAUCAUAUUUAUGAACCACUAAAAGUUUUGCAGUUUUCAUGGCCAUUGCAUUAUUACGAGACUUACAAACGAGGAACGCUCAAAAUCAUUGCAUUUUAUUAUCAAAACCAAUGCUCUGUUAAAAAUGUGGAUUGUUUUGUGUUCAACUUUAACAUAGUACAGAUUACGUCACGUCGCGUACUCAAUUAUAAGGUAAAUUAUGUUGGUUUGUCCAGUUGAAAAUAUGAUCAUUGUUCACUUUUUUAAAUGCUCUAAUUCAGCGCACCUGUGUCAAAUCAAAAAUUCAAGUGCUACAGAAAAUAUAAAUAAAAUUGUGUUUUUUAGGAUUUACAGUAGUUUUAUAGGAUAUUUUUACGGAUUCACAUGUUUUAAAGGUUUAUUACACCAACCUUCUAUUGGUGUCAAUACGCCCCUCAUUAGAGCUAAUUUUUAAUGAAUCACCAGAUGAUUAUUUUGUACGCAUUCAGACCUUUUCUGGAUUAUACUGCCGUUCUACGCAUAAAACGUUGUUUUUAUGCAUAAUCCUUCGAAAAAACCCAAAAAACUUAUAGUUUAUUCCCAACUUUUGACAAAACAACAUCAAGCUCAAUUGUCCCAUGUUGAUGUUCUAUUCAUAACUGUCCCACCAUGUAUUUUUUGUAAAUCUAUAUCGAAUAAGUCGGUUCAAGUACGAGAAUUUCAUGUCACACUUUCAGCAGGCCUGCCUAAUACCUAAUAACAAUGAGAUUUAUAUUAUGCGAAGGUGUUGCAGAUCACUCAUUUCUUCAUAAAACGAUGUUUCUAUGCAUAAUCUGUAGCGCCCGAGCGGUCUGGGGCACUUUUCUUUUUUGUUCUAUCGAGAGAAACAACUGUUCUUCUCGAUGUUCAACUAUCAACUCUUUUAUUUUUUCUCUCUAAUCCUCAAUCCCUCUGUGAGGAUGUACAGAACUCUAGAAACGUUAGAACUAACUUACUGGCUACCUGCUAUGUGUAGGGAAUUGUCCACUUGCACAGUAUGGAAAAUUCCAUCGUUCCUGUUGGAAAAUCCUUGGUUGGAUUCUCCCCUAUCUUCAGUAGGAAUCUUUCUUAUAGUAAAUACUUAUUCAUGUUGAAAUUGUCUGAGAUGUUCUAUUCGUGGGAGAGGGUCACUGCAAAUCUUUCGGAAAAACACAAAAAAAAAAUUUGAUUCAGUGAGGGGAUCUCAUACAUUUCAUUAAACAAUAGUAUAGUACUUAUAAAAAAACCCGAUGUAUUCCUAAAUUGAAAAGCUUAAAGCUUCUGGUAGCAAAUAUGCGAGAAAACGAAAUUUUCUGAGUUGCUGAUUUUGGAACAUGGGACAACUAUGCGUAGAACGGCAGUAUAACACUUACAAAUAUUGUAAACAUUAUGCUUGCACACCAUUUGUAUCAAAUUUAUGUAUCUACAUCAUGUAAUUCAUGGAUCUCGAUGACCUCAAUUCUGAUCAUGCUUUGUCCGAUGCGCUGAUGUUGGUUUGUCCACAUGAUUACUAUGGCAACCGUUUGACGCACAGCAGUUUGUUUGUUUUGUCUGGUUGUUCGUCGCACGAAGCAGCAAUAAAGUUUUUCUGUAUUGAGUGCUGUUUACUUUUAAAAUGUCCAAGAAAAGGCAAUACUCUGAAGGAAGCUUAUAUUAGUAAUGAAUCAAUAUGAUGACAGUAAAUCCAAGCAAUGAGAAAUUCAACAUCUUCUUGAAAAUUUGAUUUUUUGACGUAGAACUACGUCUUUCAUUAAGGGUGCCAAAUCAGAAAACAGGUCACGUUUUUAUGAAAUAAAGUUAACGUUAAUAACUAUUUUUGGCGCGAAAGGAUUAUGGCGAUUCACAUACCAAACGAAUCGUAAAUUCCCUAAGAUUUUGAUAUGUUAUACAUUACAACCCCAUGAUGUGUAAAUGGUUAAAAUUAAUGAAAACUAUAAGCGUUUCCAUUUUCCCAUACAUUUGUUCUGUCCAUUUGUGUGCUUUCCCGAACAGAGCCGCCAAUAACGGGCAAUAUAUGGACGAGUAACGGAGGGGAAAUCGUAAGUCUUAAAGUCUCCGUGAACAAAGGAAAAUAAGAAGAACGAAGGGGAAUAUUUGCCUAGAGUAUAAACAGUGUAUCUCGCUGAGGCAAACUUUCAUUCUUCGUGAGGACACAGACUGAACAACAUCGUUGCUGGGCGAGCUGGACGGUGAAGAGUGGAAGAGAGACGAAUGAACUGAAGAAGUUUAAAGUCUCACAUGUCUUAGUUUCGGAUUGAGCUGUGGACGCGACUAACUCGCUGAUGUCUCUAGCAUUGCAAUAAUUGCAUCGAACUGACGCCAUCGCACUAACGUUCUUAGCUACACUAUUGUGUGGGGAAUCAUCAAGCUAGGCUAUCGUCAGCUCUCCAAGAAAAUAAAUGAUCUGGAAUUUUUGUGAUUUGGGUUCGCAUGACGGUAACAAAACUCUCGCCACAAAGGAUGACAGCUAAGCUUAUCUAGACCGGCAAUAUUAACAAAAGGGACUUCUGUUGAGAAGAGCCCAAAACGGAGAUAAGUGUGUGCAUAUUUAAUUGCUUCAAGCUAUCGAUAUAUGGAUAUUUGUGUGUGUACGUCCGUGCGUUUUGCAUACGUAUUGCGUCGAUCCGAGCAAGACGGGUCUAUGGUACUAGGUGAGGCCGUUUCGUCACUAAGUUGGUUAGGGGAGCGGGGAGCACGGAAGAAAGCAGAAGGGGAAUUAUUUGCUUGUAGCGUGAAAGAGACAGACUGAUCACGAGCAAGCUUCGGCACUAGUGUAUUGUGUUUUGUUUACAAACAAAGCACAGUAGACUUCCAAGAUGGCUGAAGAGUGGUUUUAGCAAGUUGGCCCACCUUAGGAUAUACUUCUACGCGCCUUGGAUCCGAGCGUGAAGGCAAGGAGGGGAGAUAGCGGGAGGGGAAUAUUUGCGCUAGGAUAUUAGUAAUGAAUCUCUGCUGAGUCAAAUAUUCAGCCUUUUUCCAAGCAGUUGAUAUUGUUUGUUUUCCGUCAUCAUAAAGGUUUUGUUGGAGCCUUUUACAUUGUAUCAAUGCAUUGAACUGACGCUAUGGCGAAGCAGGUGUUAAGGUUGUGCACCAAAAAAUUAUUUGGGGAAUACCAAGUUAUUCAAUAAGUUAUAAUAAGUUAUUAAUUUUUUGCCAGUUUCCAGUUGCAAAACUCCCUUAAACUAGGAUUGCAUUUGCGAUAAACUUGAUUAUAAUGAAGCAGUGCCAUUCUUUUCGAUGUUGUUGAAAUUAACAGAAAGAGUUUAUUUCGUUUAUUUAGUCACCAAGAAAGUAAAUGUCGUUCUGAAAUUUUGUAAGUGAUUUGCUUUUGCUUGCCAGUAGCAAAACUUUCUCCACUAAAGAUGACAGCUGCGCUUAUCUCGAGCAUGUAUUGUUUUGCGAGCACAAGAAUGAAUCAUCAAUCAAUUAUCGUUAAAUGAUUCUACAAGAAAAAAAAUAUUUCAGGGCGAUCAAACUGGUAGAAUGGUUAUUUCUACAAUUUCGUAGCAUUAUAAAAAUAAUAUUCGCAGUUAUAAACAAGCGACUUGAAUUGAACUACAGCGUACAGCGUGUCUUGAACACAACCUCCUAUAAUUUUUGACGUAGGACUACGUCUUUCAUUUCUAUACCGGGGUGUAAAAUCAAAGUUUCGAAAACGAAAGCGUUACGCUGGAGACCGAGAUUUUGAGCGUAAAUAGCUCCUAAACAACUGAACGAAAUGGUAUGAUAAACACUUCAUUCGAAAGAUAAAAUGUCUACGCGUUCUAUGCUUGUUACUUUCUGAUCCAAAACCUUGUUUCAAUAGUCUUAAAAUUGCUUUCAAAACAGGCUAUUGAAAUCACCAAUCGGUAUAAAAGCGAGCGCCGCUCGGAAAUCCACUCAGUUCAAAUUGAACAGCGAUUGGAGCAUGUUGUCGCUGUUGUGGUGAAGCUCUUCGUUUAUCAUGAAAGCGCGGAUGAACGGUGCCGCCAAGAGACUGUUUGUGCACCUUAGGCCAGAAGGGAAUCCAUCAGGAGGAGAGUGAUGCCACAAACGGUUCCCCGGGAAGAUCUCGAAGCAGCCGCUACACACACAUACACGCGCGGAAUUCUUUCCAUUCGGAUGCAAUUUAGCAUCGAGAAAGAUCCGGGAAAUAAUCUGCCAGUUCCUCUGGGAAUUUAAAAAUACAUUCAUGUGAAAGAGUUUAUUUGAAUGUUUUCUAUCCAUGUAACACUGUGACCAAAUAUGUUUCAAUCAAGUGCUAUUAACAGAUGGUUAUCGAGUUAGCAUUAACCACUGGUGGGCUUCCAGUAUCGAGGAAAAUGUGGAAAUAUCCAAUCGUUACUGAAAAUAAUCUGCCAGUUCCUCUGGGAAUUUAAAAUUACAUUCAUGUGAAAGAGUUUAUUUGAAUGUUUUCUAUCCAUGUAACACUGUGACCAAAUACAUUUGGUUUUGUGAUUUUUCAAUCAAUCGCAAUUAACAGGAUAGCUUCUGAAAAUUAUUCUUCCCCAUCAGUAGGAUAUUUCCGUAUCCAAUAUUGGAUGCAUAAAACCUUGUGCCUCCAACGUAACGCUCUCGUUUUCGAAGUCCCCCAAAUAUUCAUUCAUUCAGAAUGAAUUCAGAUUCAACUUCAAACAAAUGAUCUCUAAAUCAACGAUAGUCCUACGUCACCCUUGCGGUUAUACCAUAGAUAUAACCCACUUCCUGUUUUUUUCAUUCAAAUAUGGUAAUUUUUAAAACCAGACAAACCAUGAUCAUUUUUCGGACAAACAAUUAUCAUAAUUUCUGUUUGAAAAAAAUCGUUAAAAAAACGUAAAAAAUUGAAAAUUUUUAACACCUUAUGGUAUUAUUCGUUACUAGAGACUUGGGGCUCUUCAACAAACCCAAACUCGUACUUGAUUACAUGUGGUUUCAAUGUAGUAAAAUCGAUUCGCAUUUACUAGUUGCGUGAAGUCACCCAAAAUCGGACAAACCAACAUCAUUUAGCUUAAUCUACACCCAAGCUAACGUUGUCAAAAAAUAUAUCUUUUAUUGUGUUUAGGCAAUCUAGUCAUAAAAAAAUUUCUUCAUAUUUCUGAAGUUUAGGCAUUGGCAUAGAAAUGACUUUUCGAAAAUCUUAUUGUCUUCCGAUUUAUAGCCAUUUUAGUGAUGCGGUACGGCCGCAACCAUUAAUAUCUCAUGUUCUACUAAACCGAUUAAUGUCGAAUUUAUAUGAAUACAAUCUGUAUGUAUCUCUCUAUCGCAUGAAUCAAUAACAGUAGUUUUUUUUAAAUUUUACAAUUUCAAAAAAAAAUCAGGAAACGAGAAAAAAACCAUUGAUAAACCUUUUUUUUUUUUUCAAACGGCCGCCACAUUGUCAAAAAACAUGUUUUAGACUUUUCAGAGGUUCAUGCGAUAGCGACAUCUUUACAAAUAAUCAGAAGGGCUGUGUAUACCAUGGCACAUCUUUUUUUUUUUUUGACCCCCUCACUUCAUUAGCUUUCAACUUUUCUUAUUAUAAAUAUGUUUUCCGUUCAAUUUUAUUCUAUUUUUUCGGAGCUCGUAGAAGCUUGGAAUUGUACCAAAAAAAAAUCCCAAACAAUGCCAAGUACGGAUUGAACCAAGGCCGGCCGGCUGAGUUUCAAGGCAGUUCCACACAACCACGAGAAUGCACGAGAAUAUUACACCACGUUUUAAAAUGAGAUGGGAUCUUAUUUCACUCUCAGCAAACACGGAAAAUGUUUGCUGAGAGUGAAAAGCAAACACGGAAAAUGUUUGCUGAGAGCGUAAACACGAAUGCGUGCUAAUCAGGCCCCGGCCAAGAGGAUAUGAUCCGCGAGUCAAGAUGUGUCGCAAAUUUAGCUGUCAUUGCCAAACUAUCAAACUUCUCGGUGAGCUCAAGGCAGAUCUAUGGAACAAGGUGCGCCCAUUCGCUAAUCAUAUUUAACUCGAAACAAUCGUCAAAUUCGGGAAAAUUUAAAGAAGUCAGUUUUGCAAUCUUAUAAUUUGAAUGGAGAUUCUUAAGUUAUUCGAUUACUUAAAACACGACGCUCUCUUAACCAUUUGGAACAACACACAACAUUUACAAAAACUCUCCAUUAUAAUAUAAAAUCAUCAUCAGACAAUAUUCCAGUUCAAUAUUACGUAAUACUAUAUUGCAUAGAAUACAUAUUCGAAAUAGAAAAGUAAAUUUUCAUUCAUAAUUUUUUUAUUUUAGAAGUGUGUUAAUGCCAUCCUGUAAAUUCAUGGCUGUAGAGUGGUUUUCACAUUUUGACCCACCUGGCACUGUGUUAAGCGCCUUGAUUUACACCAGCUUGAGAGUUUGGCAGUUCUCGCAAGUGACAGUGGUCGUAAAUUGCAUUUGCGACCCGGACAUGUUUGACGCUGUCGAAUGCAGUUUAUUAGUAUAUGGAUCUAAUCUAUUUUGUCUCUCAUUUUGCUCUCUUAUAUUGCUAUGGCAUGUAUUAUAUAGUAUACACAAACUCUCGCUUGAGUAAAUGCCGUACCAGUAUGGGUGGAUUUAAUGUAAUGUAUGAGGAUGUCAAAAAAUGUGCUAAAUGUUUAUUUUUGGUCUUCGUCUUUAUCCUCAGGUAUGCACUGCGUGGGAUAUGUUGUGUUCUAUGGAUUUUUGACGUAGAACUACGUCUUUCAGGAAGGGUGCCAAAUCAGAAAACAGGUCACGUUUUUAUGAAAUAAAGUUUAUGUUAAUAACUAUUUUCACUGUGAACGAAUUCUAAUUAUUUGCAUACCAAUCGUAUCGGAAAUUCUCUAAGAUUUGUUUGAUAUGCUAUACAUUAAAAUUCGCUAAUCUCUAAAUGGUUUAAAUUCAUGAAAACUGGAAGAACUUCCUUUUUUCCCAUACAUUUGUUCUGCCGAUUUGUGUGCUAACCUUACCCGUAUUCCGAAUGCUUAUAACUCGAACAUUUCUUAACAGAUCGGAAAGAUGUUUGUAUCAAUUGAUAGGAAAUAUUUCUACGCGUCUAUCACAAUUAAUAAAAUAUUAUUUUUCAUGAGAUGAACAAUUGAAUGAAUGUAAAAUGUCAAGCGUUAUCUAAACGCCCUAACUGCCAAGUUUUGAUUGUCCCGAUUUACGGUUUCCCCAACACAGACUUCAAAAUCGAUGUACCUGUGGAAAUCCGCUCUGCAAAUAUACAUGCAAGUCGGGGGUAUUUUUGUUCCCACCGAGCUGUAUUUCCCUAACACGGACUUCAAAAUCAAUGUGCCUGGGGGAAUCCGCUUUGUAAAUACUUGCAAGACGGGGGUAUUUUUUGUGUUGAGUACUUUUGUACUUGCUUGUAGUUGUACAGACCGGAAUAUGUUUCCCUAAAACGUACUUUUAAACUGAGAAUCCUGGGAAAAUCGUCAUUUCAGAUACUAGAGGUGAAUGAACUUUCGUGGUUCGAGAAUUACGUAAACAUGAGAUGUGUAAUAAUUUCAGAGGGAAAUGUUAAAUACAGUGAUCGUUUGACAAUUUUUACGUUCACAUAUUUUUGUAGUCCUAGGCAUCAUAGCAAAAGUAAAAGGACGUUCAUCAAAUUUAUUUGUAACAAAGAACAUAAUCUAUUAAAUAAAGUUCGAUGCAUUCUAAAAUAAUAUUCGAAGUGGUAAACAAGUGGAUUGCAUAAUAUAGUUGCGUAGAUCUGCGUCCAAAAUAUGCGGUCGUGUCCUAGAUGCAACCCCUUACAAUUUUUUUUAUCCCAUCUGUGUAUUUUUAUUACUAGGAUCAUCUAGUAGCAAUUCAUUUGUUACAGAGCCGAAUUUAUCGUAUACAUUUCUCUCAUGUUGUUAUAUUAUCCAUAUAGGCGUCAAAGUAUUCCUAUCUCAUCGAUACACAUUUUUAUCUUUGUUGAUUGAUUUUUUGUUUUUAAAAGGCUUUGAACUUUGCAGUUCAUUUGCCUCUAACAUUUUUAUCUAUUACACAUUAGCCAUUUAGGCGGAAGAGUAUUCAUUCCUAUUCUAUCGAUACACAACACAUGUCGCGUUUUUCGGCGUAAUAAUAUUUCUAUUGUUCGAAUGUUCACAGUUGGACACAGCGGGACUAUUGAUAUGAGGCUUCCAUUGUUGUGUUUUGACGUAGGACUACGUCUAACCUUUCAAUAUAGAGGUCCAUUUCAAUAUUUCGGUGUGAGAAAGUGUUCAAUUUUUGAACGCUAAUACCUCUUCAAUUAAUGAAUGGAUUUUGGUUCCAAAUACACACAUUCAUAGGAAAUAUCCUCAGCAAUUGUUUAUAUGCUACACAAUACGGGUUUUCAGCUCAAAAAAGAAGAAAGAAUUCCCUACUUUCCCAUACAUUUGCACAGCUAUUCAUUGCAAGCAACCACGAGUACGGGCGAAACGUAUGGACAAGGUGAAGGAGGGAGACAAAAAAAUAGAUUAUAAAUAAAUAUAGGCGGUCGCUACAACCUUAACUAUAUGGCUAUAUAAAGUGAGCGAUUGUGGGGCUUGGCCACAUUCUAUCAUCGGACGCCAAGCAGGAAAGACGCUAUCUUGAAAUUAAUUUUCAGCGUAAGAGAUAUCGCUGCAUUUGCCGGGGAUGUAUGCGGUGCGAUACCGCAAGAGUGAGAGACAAGAGUUUCAAUGGGAUGUGGAGCAGGAGAGCCUAUCGAAGUGUGUUAAAAGCGGUGGAAGCAUCGCGCCGGGUGAAUAAGUGGCUAAUCUCGCUCGAUUUGAUAGAAUGUUGGAGUUUUUAAACGGUUUUGUUUUGCUGUGACAUAUUUGUAUGUUUGUAUGUAACAUGUUUGUCUAUGGCGCUGUACCACAUUAAUUGAAAUUUGACCCCUUUCCUGUUGACCGCUUGAUUUGAAUUUUGAAACACAGCUUUAUCUCUGCAGUCAUUAUAAAACUGCGUAUUUCAUGAUCUUGAAAAUCCGGCGACCGCUACAAAAUGGCGGAUUACAUAUUUUCUCAUCAAUCACCCCAUCAAUAUGGGUAUCAAAUGAAAGACUUGACUAGUAGAACACAGUUAUUCAUGAGGAGUACAAAGCCCAAUUAUAUCACGAUACCAGACGGUAAAUUCCUAUUACGAUAUCCUUGCCAUCAACUGUGUGUUCGUUGCCGGCUGAACAAUAACCCCUACAACAUUUUCACCGCACGUCAUUUGAACGACAAAUUUUGAUUGAAUGAGUUUAUUAUUUUGAGUGCUGAAGUUUUAUUAUUUUUUUCUGUAUUAUAGUGAUUUUCAACACUUUUGGAUGGUUCGUCACUUUUACUUCCAUUUUUGGAAGAAUGUCGGGAGUGAGAAUUGAACUCGUGACCUUGAGCGUGAGAGGUACGGAUGCUACCACUACGCCAAAUCGCCUCCUCGGUUUUAUUUUAUCCUUUGAUUUUGACGUAGGAUUACGUCCUUCGGAAACAUAUGGGGGUACAAAUUGAAAAACGAAAAUCGAUCGCAUCGUGAAAAAUGUCCAAUUGCAAACGCUUAUUGCUCAGUCAUUUCAUGGUGGAUUAAUGAGAUUUUUGCAUCAAACGAUUUCGACACUCUAUAACAAUUUUUCACCUUGAAUAAAAUAAUAUAUAUCAUGUAACUAAUUAUCGAACAAUUGAAAAAUCUCAACCCCUUUCCUAACGGAAAUACCCACUUCUGAUUGGUCGAAAUUGACGACACAUGCGGCGGGUCCCUAACAGAGACAUCAAAACCAAGCUGCCUGGGGGAAAUCGACAAUGCAAAUACAUGAAAGUAGAGGGCAUUUUUAUAUUGCAAGUAAGGUGAGCGAUACGAUUAAUUCUAGUAAAUAAAAUUUAAAUUUGGAACUUUAAAGUUGGUUGUUUCGUGAAAUUUCAUUUCAAUGACCGAUCGUGUAUUGUGAAAAAAUUAGCACAAGUGUAAGUGUAAAAUUGUAUAGGUAGCAUUUGUGUAAAAAUGACUUGAUAUAUGAAACGAUUUAUUUCAAUUUUCAUACAUAAAAACCAAGGUGCGUUCCCGCUCAAGAACGGGUCGUUGCUGUCUGUCUGUUUUGUUGUGUUCAUUUUCACCCAGGGAAAGUUUAUACGACGAGAAAGAUUGGAAAAGUGAAGAAAUAGUCCCAAUUAAAAUUCGCAUUGGGUUGAAUAAACACUCAGAAAGUAAAAAUUAUAAAAGAAAAUUACUUUUCCAUUUCAAAUAUGAUUUCUCUAUAUUAAAGUAACAUGUUUUUACUUUUGAGAAAAAAUGAUAAAUGUGUUCGGUAUUGGUAACUAUCUUAUGUUACAUUGGUGAGUUUUUUUUCAUUAUUUCAUCCAUACAUAACACAGGAGGCAUCUCGUCUAGGAUCACAGAGAGCGGUACUCAUCAUAACUCGUUCCACUUUGGUAUCUUUUGUCUGAUACGUACCAUCCAACGACUGUUUACCAUCCUUCUGUCAUCAUCACUCGGUAAACACUGGUGGAGUGAACAAACAAUACCCAACAACCAAACAAAACGGCCUUUUUCAGGGCACCGAAUCAUUAUCAAAGAAUUUAACGAUGUAAUUCUUCAAACAUACCCAAAAUUAACAGAUAGCCUAACGGAAUCCUACGUCAGCUAUGCGGUCGUGUCUCGGACACAACCCUCCUGUGACUUUUUUUCUGUAAUUUUGUACAUGAAAAGUUGAUCAUUCUGGGAUCUGUGCUCCAUGAUAUUCGAAUAAUGGACACCCCUUGGUGUAGUCCUACGUCUCUCCGGUUAUGUCCCCGACAUUACCCAGCCGUCUUUUAUAUUUUUAAAUAGCAUCAAUUACCGAUGCAAUAGACCGAUCGUAUGUGGAGUGAGAGGCUGGGAUCACCAUCACAUGAUGAUUGAUGCAUGGACGUUGUAGCUAGAAUAACACCUAAAGAUGGUCAGUUGAGGGCCCUGAGUUAUAAGCUCAUAAUUGUUCGCUUAGUAGCGGACACGCAACCAAUGAGGCUACGAAGACCCCCUAUGAUUGAAGAUUGCUCAAUGGGUUUGUUGACAUUCUUGUAGCAGUUCAGGGCUGUCGAUGUUGCCUUCGGAUAAAAUCAAACGCAAACCACCUGGAUCGUCUGGCUGAGAAAUUCUUCAUGAUUAACAUGUUAAUCGAGUCGUGUCACAGGAGUUGCCUAAACGUAUAUCGGGUAGCUAUUUUGUAUUCGAAAGAGCCGGUAUCAUAAAUUUUACGCUCGAACUACCUAAAACUUAGUAAAAAUACUUGAAAAAGUAUCAAACGCGUAGCGCAGCGGUUUAAAAAAAAAAUUCGUACUUUAUGCAACAAUAUAUCAUUUCAUAUUUUUUCAAUGAAAAAUGAAUUCUAAUGUCUAGUGAAUCUGUUCACGAAACAAAUCGCAAUGGACGUAUUGUUUGGGAUGAAAUAUCAAUAACUUUGAGUGAAGUUGAGAUAUUGACGAGCUCUGCAUCGCAAAAUGUUUGUAUCAGUAUGUUCUAAAAGUCUUUCGAAGACAGCUCGUUUGUAUAAUUUGAAAUAUAAAAAAUAGAACAAAAACAAACAGUUUUUUUAAUGGUGACCCGAUCGUAAAUUAGGAAAAAAACGCGCUAUAUCAGUUAUUUCAAGAGAUAAAAAUCUAUCUAUAAAAAUAAGAAAGCUAGAUUUUUUGAUUCAUCGAAAAUGUUGGUCACCCUAUUUUUGGCAAUAUGAAAAUGAGCGCUCUAUCAUAUGUAACAACUUUGUCGAAGACAGUUUUUGUCUAGAGAAUAACUGUCGAGUUCUAAAUGCUAACUUCCACUUAAAUGCAUCUCCUGGACCAUUGUGCAUUGGUAUCAUUGUCAGACGUUACCAUUGAUUCAAGGUAAACAAAUUGGUCCACUACCUCGAACUCAUCGCCGUGGGUCAUUAAACUAUUACCUAGUCGGGUCCUGUCAUGCUCAGAUCCGGAAUCCAACAUGUAUUUGGUUUUAGACGUAUUGAUUCUCAGUCCUACUCUCUCUGUUUCGUACAUAUGUCUCGGGUAAUGUUCUGCUACCGUCUCAUAAGUUCUGCCGGCAAUAUCUACGUCAUCAGCGAAGGAGAAUAAUUGACUGGAUCUAUUGAAAAUCGUACCACGCAAGUUAAACGCCGCUCGUCUCAUAACAUCCUCUAGCGCAAUGUUGAACAGCAGGUAAGAAGAGACUAUCACCUUGUCGAAGCCCUCGGCGAGACUCGAAUGAUUCAGAUAAUCCACCCGAUAUUCGCACACAGCACUGUAUUCCAUCCAUCGUAGCCCUAAUCUGUCUUGUCAGCUUCCCAGGGAAGCCGUUUUCGCCCAUGAUUCCCCAUAGCUCUUUUAGUGUUAUUGAAUCAUAUGGGGCUUUGAACUCGAUGAAUGGAUGGUGCGUUGGGACUCUCUACUCUCGGCAUUUCUGGAAGAUCUGCCGCUAGGUGAAUAUCUGGUCAGCAGUAGACCGACCUUCGAUGAAGCCGGCCUGAUAAUCACCCACGAAUCUGUUUGUCAGUGGCGAUAGACAACGGAAUAUGAUUUGGGAAAGCAUUUUGUAAGCGGCAAUCUGGACGGUGAAUGCACGAAAGUUUUCACAAUCUAGUUUGUCGCCUUUCUUGAAGAUAGGGCAAAUAACCCCAUCUCUCUACUCCUCCGGUAGCUGUUCUGUUUCCCAAAUUCUGACAAUCAGGCGAUGCAGAUAACUAACCAACUUUUCCGGGCCUCCACAUUUCGUUCACUUCACGUUCGUUCGUCAGUAUACUCUCAUCCUUAUCCUGACACAUUUCUGCUCGUGGCACGAAGCCUUCUCGGGAUGUAUUGAGUUUCCGGUUAAAACUAAUUGAUGUGACGGAUGAUUCAUUCAAUCUGAUUUCAAUCUACACUACUACUCCCCCUGACACGAAUCCCGUUACUCGCGAACGAAAACUUGAAAUCUGAUGCAAAAAUUAUCAGGUAUGCCAAUACCUGAUAAGUGCACAACAGCGUGUAGUUUGGGAGGAAUUCAAAGCAAAAUUUUAGUUCAAUUUUGUGAAAAAAACAUACAAAAAACGGGUUCAUAUCAACAUAAAUCACAAAUUUAGUUUCAUAUGCGUGAAUGAAUUUCGUGUACGAUACAAAAAAAAACUAACUCACCUGUAGUAUAUGUCAAACCACGUUGAACUCAAACAUCGAUACAUGCAUACGUCAUACAUGAGACAGAAAAACGAAUUCAUUUUGGGGGGAGUCACUUCAAAAUUCAUUGAAGUCCACUUGAUGGGGAAGAAUUAAAUGAAAUAGUCGAGUCGUAGAGUUGGAUAGCAACUAAACGCCCAAAUGUCAUGUUCACGGAGAAACUGCUGGAAGAAGUCAAAACUCAUUUCAUUCAUUCAUAGAGGUCACUAUUGUUAGUUGAAUCAAGAUGGGUCUAUGGUACUAGGUGAGGCCGUUUCGCCACUAAGUUGGUUAGGGGAGCGGUAUAUGAAACAGUACGGAAGAUAGCAGAAGGGGAAUUAUUUCCUUGAAGCGUGAAAGAGAGAGACUGAUCACGAGCUAGCUUGGGCACAAGCGUAUUGUGUUUUGUUUACAAACAAAACACAGUAGGCUUCCAAGAUGACUGAAGAGUGGUUUUAGCAAAUUGGCCCACCUUAGGAUAUACUUCUACGCGCCUUGAGUUGAAUAUGAUUUUGCCGAGCCUUCGUUUCGAGAAUAUGGCGUUAUUUUCCACAAAACACGCACAACAAUGGAUCAAUUGAGGUUGAGCAAUAAUUCUCUUUUUUGUGGACCUGUAAAUAAGUCGACUGGGUCGUGUGAUUUGACACUUCUAGACGACUUUUCAUGGAGUUACAUACAAUAUAGUCUCUCGUCUAUACGGAUAAACUCGCAACGAUUGAAUCAUUGGAAGACAACAUGUUGCAAGUCAUUGAUGAGGUAUAAGCCGAAAUGCUCGAAAAAAAAUAUUGUGUUGUGUCCGAGACACAAAUGCAUAGUUGACAUAGGAUUACGUUAGACUAUUCACUUCAUAAUGUUCAAAAAUAUAUUUGAUAAAUUACAUUACUAAGCUUUUUUGUAUAUUUGUGGCCUUGAAAAUGCUGAAACUAAAAUAAUUAGGGAGUCUUCGUAGCCACUUAGUUGCACGUUCGCUUACUAAGCGAUCGAUCGUGAGUUCAAACCCAGGGCCCUCAAUUCACCUUCUUUGUGUUGUUAUAGAAUAACAACGUCCACGCAACCAUCAUCAGCGAUGGAGAUCGAUCCACGGUCUAAUGAAGAUCGAUACAACUGCUCUGCAAGAAACAUCGGGCUGUGUUUCUAUUAAUAACACUACAAUGAUCAUAUCAACUAUCUCCGCUGUCCGGUCUGCUGAUCGAUGGAAGAACAGAAAGGGCAUUCCUUACGCCGAAAUGGCUACUACUACUGUGUACUUUACAAUUUCUAGAACCAUAAACAUGUACAUGUACCCGAUUAAAACCCGGCUCUGUUACAGCUAAAAUGCUAAUGAGCCUAAAUAAAUAAACAAAUGAAAUAGAAAAAAAAGAAUUUGCAGCGAUUGAUUCAGUAAUUUCAAAAUUGUAUUAAAUUAUUUUCCAGCGAAACUGUUACCAAAUAGUGUCAAUUUACUCCUAUACUAGACGUUUCACAAAUUUCGGCAGGAAAAUUCCAAGAGACGUUGGCGGGGAGGUUAUGUGUGUAUCGCACUUAACCUUAACCUUCGUUGGCCGGUGACAAGCUCAAAAAAUAGAUAGCUCAGCGAUCCAUUUUCGCCAGGAAAUUCGACCGGCUGUAACAGGAAAUGCCCCUGUUUCUGCUGAUGUAGUUGUAUUCUACUUUUCACUGGAGUUCCUUUGGUUUGUUGUUUUGACUACUAUUCGUUGGUAGACCGCGACUUUUAUGCGUUUCUGACUGACCAAUGAAUCGCCAAGGGGUGAAGCUUACGAUGCAGUUUUUGCUAUUCUUCAGGUAGCUGAUAAGCUAGCGAUCUGCACCAAUGAAUGCGAAAUUCUCUAGGUUAAGUACAAGAGCUGUCGCUGCUUGCUUGUAUCCUCGGUGAUGAUAAUGAUGUCUUGAAUUAUAGAGGCUUAAAAAUGUGAAUUUGGAAAACUAAAACUAGAGACGGAUGAGUUCUCCGAGUUUGAAGCCUCUAGCAACAACAAAAUCAACAAAUUAAACUAAACACUUGGCCUUCAGAAACAUAUGAUAUGUGUGACGAACAUCAGUAGAAAAUCAAGCACAUGCCAUAUUUCCAGCUGUAUGACACCCGCCAUGUUUUUGGUGCCAACAUCUCAAACAUCAAAAGUAUUUGUUUUCUUCAAAACAGCGAUCCGCGUUGGCGGCAUUGUGAUUCGUUUACUAGUUUAGGGGAGCGUCAACGAAUAGCUGAUUUUCAGUCGGAAUGAACGUUUUCAAAAUUAAAAUUAUGAAUGAAAAUUAGCUUUUCUAUAUCAAAUUAGCAUUCUAUUUGAAUUAAAAACAUUUUUGUUUGCAGGUGGUGAAAAAGUCUCUCACGAAAAUUGUUUAUGAAGACAAUUUUAUAUUAUAACAAAAAAAUCAGCAACACUUUUGGAAUUGUAUAGCCAUAUGGUUUAAUGAAAGUCAGAAAUACGUGUUUCAAGUAAUUAAAUAACAUUAUGUGAAAAUUUUCAAUCAAAUUUUAAAAUUUAAAAACCGGCUUCGUGUCUUCUAAUCUGAUAGAGAUUACACCAACGAGUUUGGGACACAAAUUAUGGCCCUAAUUUGAAGUCGCCACCAGACGUGGACACCAUCGCGAAUCACCAAUUUACCACCAUCUGACAUAUCGUGAUGUCGAUGAUGAACUUUUACAUCAGAGGGAUAGUGAGAUAUGCGAUGACAGUAGGUAGAGUGAGAUAGCGAUAAUCGUGUCAUACACCUGCAUAUUUCGUUACACAGUCCCGUAUCUGUAUUGAAUGAGCAACUGGGAGAACACAGAUUGCUUGUGCUAAUCGACCAAUCAAAACGCGAGAUUUCCGUUUGGAUAAUUGACAUUGACAUUUUCCAAUUGUACGAUAUUAGCUUCAAAAAAUAUAUAACAUUCUUCAUUAUAAUGAAUUCUUGUGAAGUGCCCUAAUCGAUUGAUUCAAACAUUUAGUAAAUCCAGGAAGAAAUGACUUUGCAAUGAGCGUUCGAAAAAGCAAAUUUUUCGCAAUGCUCACAAUUACUCGAAUAAGGAAUCCUGCGUCGAAAAAAACCAUAGUGAUUGGAGACAGAUAAAAAUUCAAAUAUAUGAAUCCAUCCCCAUCUUACGAGUUCAGUACUAUUUGUCUACUUGAAAUUGGGGAUUCAAGGAGAUAAGAAUUAAUUUUACGAAUCGAGCUUCUAACAAACAUUUUCCACUCUGACUCGGCAAAUGUUCUUAUCAUCUGCGAGCAAAGCGAUUUACUUUCACAGUUUUCGGAUAUUGCUAUACUAUGAAAUAAUGUCUCUUAUGAACCUAUAAUCAAUAGAAUAAUAAUUGCUUUGCAAUAACAGUAAAAAUGAUCGUUAUGCUCAUACGACUUGUAUACGAAACGAUUUGAAAUUUCGACGGCAUCAUAAAACUGUCAUGAUUAUCAAAUCAGCGCGGAUUUUCGGGGAUUAACUUUCUACUCCUGCCGCCCGAAACUGAGACUUCGGAAACAGAAAAUCUCAAUGAGAACAGCCUUUAAACGAUGGAAAACAUACACCAUAACGACACGGAAUGAUAGAGAAGUAAUUAAAUAUUGAAAUCCUUCUUCCAAAGUCACUACUAGAUUACCACUUAUCGCAUACGAGCCGGCAUCGCACUAUAUGCUCGAGAGAUGAAAAGGAUGCUACCGCACGACCCUAAAUGAGUCACCAAGUGUGUAGCGACCCUCAACGCCAAGGGAGCUGACUAACACCAACCGUGUGAAAUGCUUAAUCUCUGCACUUUGGGUCCCUUCGGUGGAACGACGGAUUUUACCAAGUGCUAUGGCAAAAACCAACCGCCAGGAUUCAACGGGAUCAAGCAACGACUAGCUUCAUCCCACACGACAUAGUGAGAGAUGGUGUGUCCCUUUGAAGCAGCACUUUUAGCUCUCUCAGUGCGAUGUGCGAUUUGGCAAGGGUGACAUCCCGCGUGGCCAGGAUUUACUGUUUUGUAAUUAGGAUCCUCGAAAGGGGCGAAGAAUCUCUCUCAUUCAUUCACGGAGUGAUGCGAAGAGCAUCCCAUUGAUGGCGGAUUGUCACAUUUUCAACAACUUCAUUGACACUUCAAACCUUACCACUCCCACCUCCAUUACAUGGGUCUAAUUCCCGACGAAAAAAUAUUCAUUCCCAGUCGCAGAUGAAAGCACCUUUCAAUUCUCACCACAUAGAGCUUACCGAACCUCUUCUCGCUUGAAAGCUGUCAGUCUGUUUCAACUAAUGCGCCUUAAUAGAGCAAAGUUUUCAACUAAAGUACCUCCAGUCUGGAACGUGAGUGGCACUUGAGCGGAGGGUUGGGGAUAAACAUAAUAACAACGGCACAUACAAACUAUGAUGAUGACAAGAGACAACAGACAACAUACAUGACAAGCCUCGACGGCAUCGAUAGCGGCCUCAUUUCUCGGGGCUCCCCAAAAACGGUUGCCAUAUUGACAGACAGAAGACCGUAAGCUAGGGGUAACAAAUAUAUUAGCAUAUUCAUAACACGCUCUCAGGAUUAGAGGAAGUUGUAAGCCGGGUUAAAUCUCAUCUUCUCGAAACUCGGUUUAAUUCGUUUAAUAUAUAAAUAUACAUGUACAAGCACAUAUGCACAUAUACACCAAAUAGAUAACAAACAAACAAAAAAUACAGUUGUAUGUAUGCUUCUUCGGUGUGUUUCUUAUACAUACACACAAACACCACCCACUAGGGGAGGGAAAACUAUUUAACGACGACGGGAGCCGAGUCUAGAGUCAAGGGCAGAGGAAAUCAAACCGCUGUCGAGAGUCAAAUGUAUUUUUUUCCUAAACCCCAGCAAUAGCAAGAGGAGGACGACGAUGAUGAUGAUGUACGGCACCGUUUGAUCAGACAAGAAAGAAUCCAGGAAAUUUAACACACGGAGGGGUUAGAAAAACAGUUUCUUUUCCAUCCUCGAGCCACAUCGGAAAACAAACUGUUAUUUCAACCCGAGGCGCUUCAUUUCGAACGCUCGCAAAAAUACUGAUAAUUUCAUCUGUUUACAAUAACAUCCAUCCUAUCAUAGUGCGUAAGUCAGGGCGGUAACGGUAACCAUUCGUAGAAACAAUAAUCUUUAACCAACAGCAAGCAAGCAAAAACAAGAACAACAAAAUUAAUGUGUUUUGUGUGGGUGUCUGUCUAUGUUACAUGAUUACAUUUAUCGAAAACAUUGAACACAGAUUUCAACUAUCGAGCAAAAAGCCCGAAAUCAUGCCAAAGGAUACAGAGAUCAAAUGACGAAACCAAUAUCACUCCCGCCCUCCUUUCUAUCGAGUUUAGUGGAAAUGAAAGCCAUAGCAGAAACACUAGUACCGUUAAAAUAAGUAUAUAUAUUUAUAGUCGAAACGUUGAUGGAUUUGAGCGAGAAAUACUUUAAAACAAAUGUUGAACAUAUUUAGAUUAUAAUGAAAUUAAGAAGAAGAAAAAAACCAGAAGCAUUCGAAAUGUAAGAUAAAACAAACUCUGAUGAAGACAGCAUAAAUGUGAGAUAUAGGCGAUGUACAUAGACUAGCAUAGUGAUAUUAUAAAGUAGGAGGAACAAAAAAGAUGAACCAAAAAUACAAAAAAUCAAACAUAAGUAUAAUAUGAACAAUGUUAUUAACAAAUGAAAAGAAGAUUGUGAAUUUGUUAAAGCUACCAAACAAAAUCAAAUGGAAUAAAUAAAUAAAGAUAUACUGAUGAG